GCGCGAGGGACGCGCGAGGACGCGGCGAAGGCCGGGGCGCGUCCUCCGCCUGGAGUGCGUCUGGAAUGAGUGCUGCUGAACAAUAGUCAUAAAGGUGAUGAAGCAUCCUGAACCCAGGGCCGUCGGCUCGUGGGAUAGGGCUUUGUGGAAUCGACACCUCUUAGGGCUCCUGCCCGUGUUGUCGGCGCGGCUGCGGGCGAAUCCCCUUCCUGAGGCUCAAUUUCAUCGACCCUAAAAUGGGAGGAUGGGCGUUCUUACCAGGCCGGACCUCCCUUGUCAGCUCGUGUGAGGUGCUCAACUCAGAAAAUGGAGCCCGGGCUACUUUGCAAACCUCGAGUCCUGCAGAAGUGUUGUUAUUUUUGAAAAUGGAGUGUGGAGCCACCUGGAGUGGAAAGCUUACGGGUUCUCUAAUGGUCUUGCUUCACCAUGGCUACAAAUGCGGAGGGGCUGGUGCAGCACAGAGUGGGGACCCGGCAGGUGGCUGAGGUACCACGCACACAGACUUCUCGGCCGGAAUCUCCAGGGAUGACCAGCCCCUCCCCGCGCAUCCAGAUAAUCUCCACUGAUUCUGCGGUAGCCUCACCUCAGCGCAUUCAGAUCGUGACCGACCAGCAGACGGGACAGAAGAUCCAGAUCGUCACCGCGGUGGACGCCUCCGGAUCCCCCAAGCAGCAGUUCAUCCUGACCAGCCCCGAUGGAGCUGGAACUGGGAAGGUGAUCCUGGCUUCCCCGGAGACCUCCAGUGCCAAGCAGCUCAUAUUCACUACCUCGGACAACCUCGUCCCCGGCAGGAUCCAAAUCGUCACGGACUCUGCUUCUGUGGAGCGUUUGCUGGGGAAGACCGACGUCCAGAGGCCCCAGGUGGUAGAGUACUGUGUGGUGUGCGGCGACAAAGCCUCAGGCCGCCACUAUGGGGCUGUCAGCUGUGAGGGCUGCAAAGGUUUCUUCAAAAGGAGCGUGAGGAAAAACCUGACCUACAGCUGCCGGAGCAGCCAAGACUGCAUCAUCAACAAACACCACCGGAACCGCUGCCAGUUUUGCAGGCUGAAGAAGUGCUUGGAGAUGGGCAUGAAGAUGGAGUCUGUGCAGAGUGAACGGAAACCCUUUGACGUGCAGCGGGAGAAACCAAGCAAUUGUGCUGCGUCCACUGAGAAGAUCUACAUCCGGAAGGACCUGCGGAGUCCUCUGAUAGCCACGCCGACGUUCGUGGCCGAGAAGGACGGGGCGAGACAAACAGGUCUUCUUGAUCCAGGGAUGCUUGUGAACAUCCAGCAGCCUCUGAUCCGUGAGGACGGAACGGUUCUCCUGGCCACGGACUGCAAGGCUGAAACAAGCCAGGGCGCCCUGGGCACACUGGCAAACGUCGUCACUUCCCUCGCAAACCUCAGUGAAUCCCUCAACAACGGUGACAGCUCAGAAAUGCAGCCGGAGGACCAGUCUGCCAGUGAGAUUACUCGGGCAUUCGAUACCUUAGCAAAAGCACUUAACACCGCAGACAGCGCCUCGCCUCCGAGCCUGGCAGACGGGAUCGACGGCGGCGGCGGCGGGGGCAUCCACGUCAUCAGCAGAGACCAGUCCACGCCCAUCAUCGAGGUCGAGGGCCCCCUCCUCUCAGACACUCACGUCACGUUUAAGCUCACAAUGCCCAGCCCGAUGCCCGAGUACCUCAACGUGCACUACAUCUGCGAGUCAGCCUCCCGCCUGCUCUUCCUCUCCAUGCACUGGGCCAGGUCCAUCCCCGCCUUCCAGGCCCUCGGGCAGGACUGCAACACCAGCCUGGUGCGGGCCUGCUGGAACGAGCUCUUCACCCUCGGGCUGGCCCAGUGCGCCCAGGUCAUGAGCCUCUCCACCAUCCUGGCCGCUAUCGUCAACCACCUGCAGAAUAGCAUCCAAGAAGAUAAACUUUCUGGAGACCGGGUGAAGCAGGUGAUGGAGCACAUCUGGAAGCUGCAGGAGUUCUGUAACACCAUGGCGAGGCUGGACGUGGACGGCUACGAGUACGCCUACCUCAAGGCCAUAGUGCUCUUCAGCCCCGAUCAUCCAGGUUUGACCAGCACAAGCCAGAUUGAAAAAUUCCAAGAAAAGGCACAGAUGGAGUUGCAGGACUACGUUCAGAAGACCUACUCGGAAGACACCUACCGGUUGGCCCGCAUUCUCGUCCGCCUGCCGGCACUCAGGCUGAUGAGUUCCAGCAUAACGGAAGAGCUGUUUUUCACUGGCCUCAUUGGUAAUGUUUCGAUAGACAGCAUCAUCCCCUACAUCCUCAAGAUGGAGACGGCGGAGUAUAACGGCCAGAUCACCGGAGCCAGCCUAUAGCGCAGGCCCGGCCUGCGAGGAGCGCCGGCUGCCGGGCCGCUCAGACAGACAGUGGAGUAGUGGGGUUUGGUAUGCGCAAGUACUCCAGCACGUUAGCUGUCCCCAGCUGGCUUCUCCUUAGCUGUUAGUCCCAGACAGUAGCCACUCAAAGACUAGCAGGAUCCUCUCCUGCCAUAAGAAAUGUUUUAAUGCCUUUUGAUGAAGCAACAGAUUUUGAAACAAUCUUUUAUCUCAAUUUGUAUCCAGAAAUUCUCAAAGGGCAAAAAAAAAGCAAAGUUUUAUAAUGUCAGAGACUAGUAUUAAAACUAAAAGAACCUAAGAGAACGGUAUGUGUGUAUAUAUUAAAAUGUCCUUGGAAUAGCUACUAAUUACCAGGGUAAUAAUACUAGCACUUUCUAAGCACUUAUCGAUGUAUGAUGUUAGCAACACCUUGCCAAUGUGCAGGGCAGAUGGAAACUGUGUCUGUCUUUGCCGAAAUGCUAAUGGUUUCUGUGAACACGCAGUAGGGUACAGGAGACAAUCACUCACGCGUAAGGAAGCGAGGCGUCAUUCCUGACCGUGCGCACACGCUGCCGGCCUCGAGCCGGGUCCCGGGAGUGCGGCGGCACACGCGUGCUGGGCUGAGCGGGAAGCUUCCUCGCCCGAGCAGAUGCUGACUGCAUUCCCUGGUCUGUGAUGGGCCUCCGCGGGCUCCUCCGUGACUGGUUCUCAGAACUGGAUUCAACCACCAACUCCUGCGGCAACCGAAAACAUCGCUGCAUCACCUCUGCCGCUCACGGCAGACGGAGUGGUCUGCCCAGCAAGUGCAAGGUGGGCCUUCUGAACCCUUGUCGGGGCCUCCCGCCCACAUGUCUUCGGGGGAGGGCCGGGAGGGCUGUGACAUCCGCGGUGGAGCCACGCGGCACGGCUCUCUUCGUCUCCAGGCCCAGCACCACCUCGGGCCGUGGGCUUCUCGAUGGUCCUGGCGCGGCACACUGGGGUCCCCUGGGGCUGAGUCUGCAGAUGACCCCUGGAGAUGAUGGAUCAAAGGCAGGCUGCCUUCUCCUUAAAAACAAUCUUUAACCCCAAAGUCACCUUAGUGACCGUCGUUUUAUUAAAACAGAAUGCAGUUACUGGGAAGUUUACCUAGAGGAAAGUGCUCGUAAAUCCCCCUGGUUGUAAGCAAGCAGCAUCAGGUGUCCACACCCUCUGUGUGGCCCAGAUUAAGGAAGUGCAGCGAGGCCAGGUUUGCAUCUCCUAAAGCUUUGGAUCAGAUGGCACCUCCUAGGCCCAGGGCAGGCGAGCAGCAGGGUGGCGUGACGCCGGGUCACCGCACGGGCCCAUGGCAGGACCAGACGGCACACCGUCGCUGUCGGGAGCACUUAGUCAUUAGUGGGAAUCAAGUGGGAACAGUGUCUCCAACUUACAGAUACUCUUGUUUGUAUCAAUUAUAUCAUUUACUGUUCAUGCUUUAAAGCAUAUCUUAGAGAAAGUGUAGUACCCAUUGUAAAAUGAUGGAAAGGAUUUAAUAUUGGCAGCUUACAAUUUUGGUUUUCUAACUUCAAAGUGACUUAAGUUUCAAAAUUAAGAUAGGAAACUGGCCAAGAGGAUGACCAAGGUGGGUCUGUUUCAUUUCUGCUUGGGAAGCAUUUUUGCAGAGGCAUUCUGAAGCAUUUGUGUACGUCUUACACAGUGAGGUGCACACUUGUCUGUUCUGAUUUUUGAUGUAAGCACGUCUGAGGCUCCUCUAGCAGCUCCCUGGGAACACACAUCGUCUUGUGUCACAUCUUUCGGGUCUGAGCGCUCUGUGAUGGUGAGAAGGUCAACACUGGCCUGCUCUCUGGGGCAUCGUCCUGUGUCUGUGAGGCCUUUACAUUCAGGUGGCCUUAGGUAUUAGGACAGCUUAGCCAAGACCUGGGCUGAGGUGCUGUUGAGACAGGCUGGGAGUAGAAGGUGGGACGGCGGAGAGACAGUGAACACUGGGAUAGGCACGUGCCCCGCGCCUGCAGGACGCCCUGGGAGAAACGCCGAUUUUAACCGGGUCUUGCGCUUGAGUCCCAACGCUGCUGAUGGCUGACUCCAGUGGACCAUUCUGGGCUUUGAACACUCCUCUUUCGUGUCCCAGAUUGCCUUGGCCUUACUUUGAAGUGGCCUUUUCUUUAAAAAUUGGCUCCACACUACCUGAAUUCUCACCUCCCCCAAUCAUCUCAAACCUUUGACAGCAGGCUCAUCCCUCUCCUGUCAAAGUGGCUAAGAGGAGCCCAAAGUCAAAAAUUAGAGAGACUGGAAGCAAAUACUUAUCCUCAACUUUCACAGGGCUCUUCACCCGUGAGUGGUUUGAGAGACUGCUUCAGGGAAGGGAGAGCGGCCUCUGCAUCUGAGUGAAACAGCCAGGAUGGGGUUCUUGGUGGCCUGUUGACACCCGCCGUCUGGGGGCCCCGCCGCAGAGCAGAGGGGACGAGUGCCCCUGAGGGAGGUGAGGAUGGACGCACGGUGAUGCUUCCUGAGGAAGCGGGCUCUGCUUCAGGGGCGUUUCAGACGGUGGGGACAGUUACAUGUUGAAAUGUGUGGAGUUCACUACAAGUUCAUUACAUAACAAGACGAUAUAAAGACCAAAUUACUCAAGCAGGCAUUUUCCAAGGUAUUCCUGGAAAGUAUUUUUAAGGAAGUGUGUUACUGCCCUUCUGAUUUUGAGAGAGGUGUGUGUGGUUUUUUGUUUUUUUUUUUUUGGCGAGGGGGGUGGCUACCUUAUUUAUUCUCUAACCUCUGCCGGGAGGCUGUGGUCAGGGUCCUUUUGUGGUCCGGGUUUUCGUAUCUGGUCUCAUGUGCAGUCACUCUGAGGUGUUCUGUGAUCACCCUUGAGAGGGACUGGUCUCUAGCCUGUCAGUAUUAAAUGUGGACUCUGGCGAGGGUCAUGGUGGCAGAGCCAAAUACUCACCAGGCUCUCGCGGUAUCUGCUACUUUUAUCCUGGCCCUCUGGGGGAACGCCCAGCAGAGCACUCUUGCUUCCACCCUGCCCUCUGCCCGCCAGGCAGCCCUUGGCUGAGGACCCAACUUCCAGGGCCUGAGGAUGGACGAGAGCCUGGGAGCAUCCUGCCCGUUUUCCAGGGGAAGUGGCCUUGGGUGCAGUGGGGCUCCAGGUGACAUUUCAGCUCUCCUGAGUCCAGGGAAGGUGGCAUCUUCUGAUGCGCGCAUCUUGACUUUGGAGGCCGCUGCCCUGCGCACCCGGGAGGGUCCGACAAGGCUGGGCAGCCACCCACGCCCUCCAGUGUCCCACUUCCCUUCUCCACUGGUUGUGCGACUCUUAGAAAAUGUCUUCACUCUGAUGCAGAUUUGCAGAGUCAGCCUCUCAUCACAACAGAGUGGUCUGAGUCUUUUGUACACAGGGUCCUGGGCUUCCUCACCCGUGCCUCCUGCUAACGGGCACUUCUGUGUGUCCAGCCCUGGGGUCCCUUCAGCAACGUUGUGCGUGUACAGAUUUAUAGGCUUGUAUGACUGACUGAAUGUACAUGUGUUUAUACCUUCUCUGUAUGUACAGUGUAUAUAGCAUAUGUGUACAUAGAUGUAUAUUAUGUAUACAGACACGUAGCCAGCCUUCCCCUACGUUUUACAGAGAAUCUAUGAUAGAGUUGCUACAGUCAUUGACGUGGGUGUUCCUUGGUCCCUCAGCAGAAGGAUGGAUUUGCUGACAUUUUCAUUGGGGUGAGCCUGGCUGGGAAAGGCCCCGCCCUCCACCAGGGCCAGGAAGCUGGAAGACAUUAGUUUAUCCCAAUGUCCAAAACGAGGUGGGGACCUUUAACCUAGUUGUUAUACAUCUAUUUAUGGCCUAACCGGGAGGACCUUGGUAGGUAGUGGUGUUGGCCUCCCCCACGACCGAGAGCAGGCUGUGUGGUGGGCCCUGACUCCCGGUGCGGUGGGAACAGCCCACGCGUGCUCUGGGACUCAGCGGACAGUGUAUGCCGCCUCUGACCAUCUCUCUACCACAGCUGCAAAACAAGCAUUCUUUAAAAAUAAGCAUGAAUGUUGAUGGCUAACUCCUUUGGCAUAUAAAUUACAGAUAUUUCUGUAACUGUAGCAUGUGAAUAAAAUUCACUGCCCUUAUUCCUUUCUAUAAAUUAUGUUUCUAAAACUUUUAAAUUUCAGAUAAAAACUGCAUUCUAGUACAGUUGGAUACCUUAAUGCUACAGAUGCCAAAUUUCCCCUGUUCAGGUCUGUCCUGAUGAAUUCUCCCCGUUAAUCGAGCUUUAAGCCGAGACACCGCACUCGGGAGCCAGGGCCCAGCGAUAGUUUCCCACGCACCUGUAAGCAGGAGACCUGAAUGGCGGGAAGGUUGAAAGCUGGCCUGCUGAAAGAAAUCACCAGAUAAGUACGAAAACUCAGACACCACAGGUUACUUAAAAAAAAAUCUAAGCUUAUUGGAAUGUUUGGAAACAGCUCAUUGAGACCGCAGUCCUCAGUGCCUUUUGUGAGACGGUGGGUGUGCGGCCUUCGGCUUCCCGUGGCUUUGAUGUGACGACGCUCCUGCUACUUCAGUGGCCUCACCCAGUGGUGGUCGGACCUUUCCCACGUCCUUACCUGUUGUGACAAUCACACUAUAGAAGGGGGCUCUCCAGUUAAAAUACAAGUGGAAGCUUGGCAGUCUCUAAGUGAAUCUUUAGGAGUUCUCCUUGGGGCUAUUUACCUUAACUAGUCUAGGAGUAAACUCUCAGUUUUAAGAGUAUUUUAGGGGUGAAGAAUGUCUGAGAUACGCUAGGAAAAAAGGCUCAGCAAUAUUUAUCGAUUGACAGACUGUGAUAAAGCUUAGCACUUGGGUAACAUUUGGAAAUGUAUAAAAAACGGCUUUUCUUUAGAAAGCGUGUCAUCAAUUAUUUUAACAACCAGAGCACUCACGGACUCAAAUGCUGCUGCCACACACAACUCAAGAGCUGGAGUAUUUUUCUACAGUCUCUCCAUCCUCCCAGUUAUCUUGUGAACCAGUGUUCAACUAGUUUUAUACCUGAAAGCUGCACAUUUUUCAUAGUACAAACCAUAGUUUUUACCUGUAGUUCAGAGCUCUCUGUUAAAAUGUACCUGCAUUACCAACCCUUUUAAAAGAAGUAUGUUAAAGGAAAAUUUGGGUGUUACUUUCUUGGGACCGUUUCUGUAACCUCUGCCCUUCACAAUAUAGAAUAUAUUGUUUAUGCCAUCACAUUUUAAUUCCAGGUUUAAAAUCUGUUGAAAGCUGUAGCUUAAAAUCAGCUUUGUUUAUGUGAUGGCAUUUAAAAAAUAGCAUGUUCUUUUUAAACUGAGUUUUAUAUCUAAUCAAUGUCUUCAGUCUUGAAGAAGAAUUUGCAUUGUUGUGUUUGUAUAUAGAGUAUUGCAGUGCAUGAAUUAGCUUUAUGCAUUUUAUUAAAUGCUGUUUCAAUGUGGCAUUAUUGUUGUGGCUUAAUACUACUACCUAAAUGAGGUUUAUACUAUUAAAGCGAAUUAAAAACUAGUAACGCACGGA